AUGACUGCUGUGGCAUCUCCACCUAGUGUAGAAUCGGGGUCUCGCUUGGGAUGGUACAGCUCUGGUAACGGGGGACCAGGAGCAUUGUCUUCAGUCAACGCGGACGACGUGUCACGGAUGUUUAUGCCACGGAAGCACGUCCACCGAUCAAACUCCUCUUCCUCUAUCGGAUCGUCCACUACUAAGUCGACCGUGUCCGCUUCUCAAGAUACACAUGCUGCGCAGAGUUCCGACACUGAAGGAACUUGGUCAUCGAAAAAGAAGCCCGCGCGGAAUCCUUGGCCCAGCUCGAAGUCUGAACCAGUAUCAGGGGUAACGAACGCGCGAUCUCAGGCAGUACCUGCAUUCUCAUCGGGCCCAACUGCAUCCUCGACAAUGUCUGCCAUGCAUCAGCCUCCGUCCAUUGUCCCGUCGCAGACGGCGAACAUGCUUUAUCCCUCUCCUGAUCAGCAGAAUGGUCAACGUGGGCCACCUAGGCAAUCCGCUGAUAUGCCGGUGAUCUUGGCUCUCGUACCAAUGAACGGUACCUUCGAAAAGAAACAAAUCCACGUGCCAAUCUACCCUGACGUUAUGCGAAUCGGCCGACAGACCAACGCCAAAACAGUCCCCACAGCUCUCAAUGGGUACUUCGACUCCAAAGUUCUCUCUCGGCAGCACGCUGAGAUUUGGGCCGAAAAGAAUGGCAAGAUUUGGAUCCGAGAUAUCAAGUCAUCCAACGGUACAUUUGUGAACGGCCACCGAUUGUCUCCUGAAAACCGCGAGUCAGAUCCGCAUGAAAUACGAGAAAACGAUACCCUGGAACUUGGUAUUGACAUCGUCAGUGAGGAUCAGAACACUAUUGUUCACCACAAAGUCUCAGCCAAGGUUGAACAUGCUGGUCUCUAUGGCAGCACACCUAACGUACUUGACCUGAACUUUGGGGACUUGGAUCCCGCCUCUGGAGGCGGACUUCUUCCUUCCCCUUUGAGUCAGCCUCUUUCGCAUCUACGCAGCCGAGCUGGUAGCAAUGCUAGCAAUCGAAGCAGCCAAAGUGUUGCCAGUACUCAGCUCAAUGCUAUGCACCAACAACGACAGAUGAACUACUGGAAUUCGCCAAUCUCCAUUGAACAGGUUGUUAAGCGGCUCACGGGCGAAUUGAAAUCAGCAAAGCAACAAUCAACCGAUCUUGGCCAGACCGAUGAAUUCUUGACAACUAUUAUGAAACCAGGUUAUGCAGAGAAGGAGAAGAUGACCAAGCCAUCCCCUCUGGAGAGCAGUGCUCACCGACAGAUGAACGGCCGACCGAAAAUGCCGCGGGUCGACUCUUUCUCCAGGUUCUCUGAUCCUCCCGCCCCUCCACCUCAACAACCAUUGCCAGAGAAACCUGAUGCGCCGCCGCGCAGUGCCUCGGAAUCGUUCUCUCCCUUGAAGCGCAGCGAUACGGAGAAGCCCAAAGGAGGUGCGGGAUCUCCCGUCUCACGCGAUUCCAGUCAGAUCUUGUCUCUUAUCGAGGCGCUGUCUUCUGCCAAGCGAGAGAUUGAUACUCAAGGAACCCGCGUUAAGGAACUGGAAACUCUUUUGCUUCAGGAGCAGGCUGCUCGAAAAUUGGCAGAAGAAAGAGCUGACCAAAUGGAGAUGCGCUUUACAUUGGUUAAUGGAGAGGCCCCUGUCGAAAAUGGCAUUUUUCCACAUUCAGAGGAUACCGAAGAGAAGCAGCAGGAUGACUCGGAAGAAACCGUGCAGGCCAAUGGCAUUCAUCCUCCGGAGACCGCUGCCGAAGACAGUGAGGCUCUUGCUUCCGCUGAAGCCAAUGCCAGCAAUCUUCAAACCCGCUUGGAUACUAUGAUGGAAGAAAUGGACGAGAUGAGGAAGCAAGUCGCAUCUUUCAAAGACCGUGCCGAGAAGGCAGAAGAUGAGUCCACACAAUCUCGCACAUCAUUGGCAGAAAUGGUUGAAACUCUGCGUCAGGAACGCCAGAAGGCUUCUGCGUUGGCCGCUACUAUCAAGCCCGAUAUCACUCAUGAGCCAACCAGCGUUCAGUCAGGGGAGUCUACUUCGAGCGAGGAUGCAAUGCAAUCUAAGCCGAAGAGCCCAAUGCAGCAUUUCGAUUCGGUUAUCCAGCAGAAUAAAGAGCUGGAAGCUGCCGCUACAGCUUUUGCAACACACCAUCGGAACAAUGUUCUGGAAGAAGCAAGCCCCUAUGCUUCAAUCUUUGGCGUGGUAUUAUUAGGGGUAGGCUUGAUGGCCUAUCUCAACGGUUGGCAAAAGAUGGACAAAUAA